AUGCUAGAUGAAAAUAGGCUCACGGGACCUAACUUCUCUGAUUGGCUUAGGAAUUUGAGAAUUGUUCUCAAUCUUGAGUGGGCCACAAAAGAAGAACAUGACACUUUGAGAAAGUGGCAUGAAGAUGACAUGCAAGCCAAGUGCAACAUGCUUGCUUCAAUGACUAAUCAGUUACAAAAGCAGCAUGAGAAAAUGCAAACUUCUUCUAAAAUACUGAGUCGCCUUCAAGAGUUAUUUGGUGAAAAUAGUAGGUUGGCUAGAUAUGAGAUAUCUAAACAAUUGUUAAGAAUGAAAAUGCAUGAAGGCCAGGAUGUGAGAGAACAUGUCCAUACUAUAUCUGGCUUAUAG